UUCAAGAGACUCACGGCCACGUUCAAGAGACUCACGGCCACGUACAAGAGACUCAUGGCCACGUUCAAGAGACUCAUGACCACGAAAAAGUGACUCAUGGGCACGUACAAGAGACUCAUGGCCACGUUCAAGAGACUCAUGGCCACGUACAAGAGACUCAUGGCCACGUUCAAGAGACUCACGGCCACGUUAAAGAGACUCAUGGCCACGUACAAGAGACUCAUGGCCACGUUCAAGAGACUCACGGCCACGUUCAAGAGACUCACGGCCACGUUCAAGAGACUCACGGCCACGUUCAAGAGACUCAUGGCCACGUACAAGAGACUCAUGGCCACGUUCAAGAGACUCACGGCCACGUUCAAGAGACUCAUGGCCACGUACAAGAGACUCAUGGCCACGUUCAAGAGACUCACGGCCACGUUCAAGAGACUCACGGCCACGUUCAAGAGACUCACGGCCACGUACAAGAGACUCAUGGCCACGUUCAAGAGACUCAUGGCCACGUUCAAGAGACUCAUGGCCACGUUCAAGAGACUCAUGGCCACGUUCAAGAGACUCAUGGCCACGUUCAAGAGACUCAUGGCCACGUACAAGAGACUCAUGGCCACGUUCAAGAGACUCAUGGCCACGUUCAAGAGACUCAUGGCCACGUUCAAGAGACUCAUGGCCACGUACAAGAGACUCACGGCCACGUUCAAGAGACUCACGACCACAAAACAACCACUUCAUCUGAGCACGGCAUGAAAGGGCUGGACAAGCAUAAAGUUUCCCACAUCUCUGAGGGACACGGACAUGAGACUCAUGGCCACAAAACAACCACCUCAUCUGGUCCCCGGGAAG